UAUAAGCGGGUGAGAGAUAAGAAAGUAAGAAUUGAGAUCACAUGCACAUAUGCACAUGCAUUCUCCUCGCUCAGAGCGCUCUCUCUGCACGAUAAUUGCUUGUCGCACAAGCCACUAGUAGCUUCUCUCACCCCACGCCAACCGCCCCCAUUUUCCCACUCAUUUUCCUGUCAAUCGUCUUCUCCCAUAAUGGUACUUCUUCCCAAUCCCAACCCUAACAGUUACCAACCGGAACUCAGCAAUGACUCCAUUGAAACGCCGCGUUUCAGUGAAGACUUGGACUCAACAUGCUCCACGCCUUACGUUAGUGCUCCUUCAAGUCCCGGCCGUGGACCCGUCACUACUGGCUACUUCUUCAGUGCACCGGCUAGUCCCAUGCAUUUUGUCCUAUCUUCGGCUUCUUCAGCUUCGCGUCAUCCCUCCGAGUCAUCCUUCUUAUCGACUCAGUCCGACUUCGAGUUUGAGUUUUCUUCUCGGUUUUCGAGCAAUGGUUUUGUAGCCGCUGGAUCAAUGAGCUCAGCUGAUGAGCUGUUUUUGAACGGUCAGAUUAGGCCCAUGAAGCUUUCGUCUCACUUGCAGAGACCUCAGAUCUUGGCUCCUCUUAUAGAUCUGGACGUUGAAGAAGACGAAAUGGAUGAUAAAGACGCGGAAGAGUCGGUGAAAAGAGGGAGAGAUCUUAAGCUUCGUAGUAGAUCUCUCCACAGGAAGGCCAGAUCUCUGUCGCCGUUAAGAAAUCAAGAGUAUCAGUGGCACGAAGAGGAUAUUAACGGUGACAGAGAUAUCAGUGAAAACAUUAUAGAGUUGCAAGAGUAUGUGGAGAGAAAAGAGACUGAAGCUGUUUCAAGUGAAACGACACCGUCAUGUUCUGCUUCUUCUUCAAGAUCUUCAUCUUCCGGUAGGAACUCGAAGAAAUGGAUAUUUUUGAAAGACCUUUUGUAUAGAAGCAAAAGUGAAGGAAGAGGAAAUGGAAAGGAAAAGUUCUGGUCCUCCGUUUCUUUCUCUCCGAAGGAUAGGAAACUCGCUUCUUCGUCUUUAACUCUUUCUAAAGAAGAGAACCCUCUUCCUCAUAUUAGUAGUAGUGUUGAAGUGCAAGAGAAGCAAAAGCAAAAGCAGAAACAGAAGCGAAAUGAGAAAGGCUCCACUAGGAAAACGGUUAAAGGAAAACUGGCUAAUGGGGUAGCCAAACGCAGAGUCCCGCCAUCUCCACACGAGUUACAUUACACGGCGAAGAGAGCUCAAGCUGAGGAGUUGAAGAAGAGGACUUACUUGCCGUACAGGCAAGGGCUGUUUGGUUGCUUAGGGUUUAGUUCAAAAGGAUAUGGUGCGCUCAAUGGACUGGCCAAGACCCUCAACCCGGUCUCAUCCAGGUAGUAAUGCUACGGGAUAGACUUUUUAUCUUUUGUACAUAGAUUUUGGCUUCUCGUAUUAUUAAAUUAUGAUUUUGAUACAAUGUUUCUGUAUCUCCUGUAUUUUUUUAAGAUUUCUUAAUGUUUUUGUCCAGCAGAGAGGCUAUGUUAGAAUCACUGUUUAGUGAUUUUGCUUCUUGAGCUGAUGAAAUGGAUGGGUUAUUUGAUCUUCCAUUUGCUUAUAUUUUAUCUUAAUCUUCUUUUUAUAAUGUAGUUUCCGACCGCCGGUUAAUUUA